AAGUAGGGACGAAUGCGGCGCACGGCCAUGCAGUUAUUUGCCGCCAUUAGCAUCCUUUUUGGCGCCGAGCCGGUUGGAUUUGUUCGCGGUCGUGAAACGUGGUUGGAAGUAACUUAUUCAUAGAUAUUUUGCAUUUUCUUCAACUCUAAAAAUGGCUGAUGAGUCUAAGCCGGCGGAGGGUGGAGAUGCUGGGUCAGAAUACAUCAAGCUGAAGGUGGUAGGGCAGGAUUCAAAUGAGAUUCACUUCCGGGUGAAGAUGACCACGCAGAUGGGCAAGCUGAAGAAGUCCUACAGUGAACGAGUGGGCGUGCCCGUGACGUCACUGCGGUUUCUGUUCGACGGCCGUCGGAUCAACGAUGACGAAACACCCAAGGCGCUGGAAAUGGAGAACGACGACGUGAUCGAGGUGUACCAGGAGCAGACGGGAGGGCGCUGAGGGCGCCGAGGCCGCGCGCUCGCUCGCUCGCUCGCGCUGGCUCCAUUCCGGCGGAUGUCGCCGCCGCCCGCCAUCGUCACGUCGUCACGUCAUCUCAUCAUCACCUGCCCGCGGUCACGCCGGCCGCCGCCGUGAACCACUAGUUGUCGGUAACGCCGCCAGGUGGCUGCACGGUCUCCGCCGCUGCCGGCCAGGAGCCCCGGGGCGGACUCAACCGGCGCCGUCAGAUAGUUUUAAUGACAGCGAAGCACAGACAACUUCUCUCUGAGGCCGAGGCCCGCUCUGAAUUCCAGCUCUGUGUUGGUGUUGUUUUAAUGCCGUAUCCAUGGCGACCAGGGGCUCCUCGCCAUGCACGUGGCGCAUCAUCUUGUAACCAUGUACGUCUUUGGCUUGGGAUUAGCUCACGUCCCUGAAAAUAAAAUUGUGCUAUGAUUCUU